UCGAGCUCCCUGAGCUGGGGGGGACAGCGGCAGUGGGGGGAGAAGACUAGGACCCAGAGCACUCCCGGCCCCCCAGGCGGAGGGCACUGCUUCAGUCGGCCUUGACCUCAGUUGACCCUGAUAGCCCACAUGGGGCGCAGGGUCUAAUUUUAGCUCCAGCCACUAGGCCCACAGCCCAGAAGUGCCCGCCAGUGGGCACAGGGGCGGCCAGGGCUACUCAGGGGCCACUUGGGCAAGGGGAGGAUUGGGGAGGCCAGCCUUGCGUGCUGGCCAAGCCACCUCCUGUGAGAGCCCCCACGGGUCCCCCAUGGCCUGGCAGACUGCCCACCUCUCCUUUGAGGCCAAGGUCAGGGGGUGCAGCCAGGAGGACAGAAGGACACGGCCUUGCAGUGCGGUCAGGGUUGCAUCAGCUGAGCAGUGCCCAGGGGCAGGGGGCCCUGCUGAGAGGGCAAAGGCUGGCUUGGCUGUCCGAAGGCCAACGAAGCAGAUUCCUGACUGUAGGAAGGCAAGGCCAGAAAGCCGGGUCCUACCUGGGCUCCUUGUGCCUGGCUGGUGACCUGCUGUGUGACCUCACACAGGCAGCCUGCUCUCCAUGGGCCUCAGUCUUCCCAUCUACAACAAUGAAGACGCUGAACUAGAAGGCUGAUUCCAGCUCACCCACAAGCCCCUGCUCCUGCUUUCCCCUAGCCCUGGCUGCGGGUGGCCACAUGCAGUCGUGGAGAGGCAAGUCCCUCUGGCUGGCACUCUCGGCCUCUUGGCUCCUCGUCCUCCUGAGAGUCUUCCCCCUUCUCCGCCUGGCAGUGCCUGCCAGACCUUGGGCAAGUGCCCCCCAAGGCUGGCCCCGCUGGCUGGAUACAGAGCUCCUGCCGAGUUUCUCCCAGCCUGGCGAACUCCCAGAAGAUGCCCCUCAACCUCCUCAAGCACCCCGUGGUGGCGGCUGCGACUGGGGGGCUUGCUUUGACGCCUCGAAGUGCAGGACUGGUGGUCUCAAGGUAUUCGUGCACCCGGUGGCUGGACCCAUCUCUGCCGCUCACCGCAAGAUCCUGGCUUCCAUUGAGAGCUCCCGCUACCACACGGCCAGCCCUGAGGAGGCCUGCCUCCUCCUCUUCCUCAGCCUGGAAGUCCCAGCUGGAGAGUGCAGCCCAGUGCCCCAGCAAUGGAAUGGGGGAAGGAACCAUCUGGUCCUCGAUCUCCACCCAGCCCCCUGCCCCCAGACCUUCCAGCGGGGACGGGCGAUGGUGGCCAAGGCCAGCCCCACAGUGGACACCUUCCGGCCUGGCUUUGACGUGGCCCUCCCGCUUCUCCCUGAAGCCCACCCAUUGCGAGGUGGGGCACCUGGCCAGCUGCGACAGCACAGCCCCCACCCCGGGGUGCCCCUGCUAGCCCUGGCAGAGGAGAGGGGCGGGUGGCGCACAGCAGGCACUGACCCCUCUGCCUGUCCCUGGGAUGGGCGCUGUGAGCAGGACCGUGGACCCGAGCAGACCCACCCUGGGGGAACGCUCCCCAAUGCCACCUUCUGCCUCAUCCCCGGCCACCGUCCUGAUGCCUUGCACUUCCUUCAAGCCCUGCAGGCUGGCUGCAUCCCUGUGCUUCUCAGCCCUCGGUGGGAGCUGCCCUUCUCCGAGGUCAUCGAUUGGACCAAGGCGGCCAUUGUAGCUGAUGAGAGGCUCCCAUUUCAGGUCCUCGCUGCCCUCCAGGAGAUGCCCCUCACGCGGGUCCUUGCCCUGCGUCAGCAGACCCAGUUUCUAUGGGAUGCCUACUUCUCCUCAGUGGAGAAGGUCAUGCAUACCACUCUGGAGAUUAUUCAGGACCGGAUCUUUGGAGCAUCUGCUCACGCCUCGCUACUGUGGAACAGCCCCCCGGGUGCACUCCUGGCCUUGCCCACUUUUUCCGCAAGCCCCUCGGACUUCCCCUUCUACCACCUACAACGGGGCUCGCGCCCUGUGGGCAGGUUCAGCGCCCUGAUCUGGGUGGGGGCCCCAGGUCAGCCCCCUCUGAAGCUCAUCCAGGCGGUGGCAGGCUCCCAGAACUGUGCCCAGAUCUUGGUUCUCUGGAGCAGUGAGAAACCACCCCCAUCCAGGUGGCCUGAGACAGCAGUGCCCUUGACAGUCAUGGAUGGGCAGAGGAAGGUCAGUGACCGCUUCUUCCCGCACAGAGCCAUCAGCACGGAUGCCAUCCUCAGCCUCGAUGGGCACAGCAGUGUUACCACAAGUGAGGUGGACUUUGCUUUUCUGGUAUGGCAGAGCUUCCCCGAGCGGAUGGUGGGCUUUCUGACGUGGAACCACUUCUGGGAUGAGGCCCAGGGUGGCUGGGGCUACACUGCUGAGAGGGCCAACGAGUUCUCCAUGGUUCUCACGUCAGCUGCCUUCUACCACAGGUAUUACCACACCCUCUUCACCCACUCCCUGCCCAAGGCUCUGAGAACCCUGGCCGAUGAAGCACCCACCUGUGUGGACAUCCUGAUGAACUUCCUGGUAGCAGCAGUCACCAAGCUGCCCCCUAUCAAGGUGCCCUAUGGGAAGCAGCAUUUUGAGGCCACACCUCCACUGGUGCCUGGGGGUCCGGAGCCACAGCCGACAGCCCGAGACUGCAUCAACCAGAUGGCUGCAGGUUUCGGCUACAUGCCCCUGGUUUCCUCUCGCCUGCGUCUGGACCCAGUGCUUUUCAAGGACCCGGUGUCCGUGCUGCGCAAGAAGUAUCGCAGCCUGGAGAAGCCCUAGGAGCGGUCAGAGGAGCCCCCAGCCCUGCUCCCACCGGGCGCCUCACCUGCUCAGGGCGGGGGAGGCGGUGCAUCAGCUCCCUCCCUUGGAACAACUGGAGACCCAAUCAAGGCAGCCAGUUAGCUAACACGUCAGAUCUCUCUUGGCCAAUCACAGCCCUAGCGUCCCAAGGCGCGGGGCCCCGCCCCACCCUCCAGCCCGGCUGCGAGGGGCAGGCCCCAGGUGCAAGGCGCUUGCCCUGCUGCGGCGCCUCUGCCAUCGCUGACCCCUUGCCUGGAAUGCCUUUCUCGGCUUCUGCGGAACUGACUUCUACUUGUCUUUCAGAUCUUCGCCUUCUCCAUGGAUUUGACUGACCCCCAUCCCUGACCCGGAUCCUCUGAGCUUUCACAGCCGGGUGUUUCCCACACUGUUCGCGCGGCUUUGCAAGGUACACGGUCAGGCCCCAGGACUAGCCUGGGAGCCCCGGCCAUGUCCUCUUCUCUCUGGCUUGGCAAGUGUUACACCAAUAUUUGACGAACAGAUAAAAGAGACAUCAACUGCGUGCCCGGCCCUGUGCCGUAGUUGGGAGUAUGGACAGUGUGUUGAGUGAGACCAAACUCCGUCUCCCCCCCCCCCUCCGCCCCCCGCCCGCCCCUCCACCCGGCCCACGGGGUUCCCAGUCCGGCAGGAAGGCAGCUACCCGCAGACGCCUGUGUUGCCAGGCACGAUCUUCGCACCCCAGCAGUGGAGCAAAGAGGCGCUGAGAAGCUAGUUUCGGGGCUUUCUUCCCGACCUGGCGGAGCAUGGGGCCGGGGAGAAAGGGGCUGAGAACGCAGGAGGUCCGUCCCAACCGAGCCCGGGGGUGGCGGGGAGCAGUGGUACCCUCAGCUCAGGCCUGGCCGUGGCUCUGCACUACCAGCCACGACCACUAGAGGUCAGCGCCACACCGCGCUCCCUCUGGGAAAGGGCCCGGAGUUUUAUCGCCCCUUGGGUCAGGGGACGUUGAGAGUUGGUGCAGUGCAGCCCAGGAUCUGAAAACUAGGGGGAGGGGGGGGUUGAAUUUGAAAAAAGAGACCCACUCCUUUGGCCCACACACUCAGGACUGAGAAGGAGCCAUUUCUAGGUGGGCUGGGUGGGAGAUGGGAUUGUCCCGAGCACCCUGGCCGUGACAGUGGAGUGGGGGAAGGGGCCCUGGUUUCUCCAGGGUUCAUCCACCUGGAACUGGACUUAUCACUUCCGAAAUAAAGCGCGUGUCCUUGCCCCCUCA